CAUUCAUCUUGACAGACCGAGGUGGAGUCCGGAAAUUGCUACACUGCGACAUGCCUAAACAGGCUACCAUGACGCCUAAGAAAUCGUCCCUACCUGAUAUGCAGCCAAGGCAACACUCCAGCCAGCCUACUCCAAUUCUUGCCUUUUGCCUUGUUGUAUUAUCCUUGUCCUGUAUUGUCGGCUGCAUCGCCAUCGUCUACACCGCAAGGGGACGGCCCGUCGCUUCAUGGAUUCCCUACGCUCCAUCCGUUCAACCAGCCGUACUGCUUUCGCUGCUUUCAAACAUAUCUGGUACUAUCCAAAAGUACGUUUGUGCUGAAGGCAUUACUAUUGUGUGGUGGCGAACCCUGCGAAAGGGCACAACUCUCGCAGAUCUGCAUUACAUCUGGAGCAAGGGGAAAGGCACCGGAAUCAUAGAUACUCUCCGAGCACUUUUUCAUCACAAGGCAUGGACCUACUGGGCCAUAUUCGUCUUUCUGGUCACAAGCGCCGUGAGUGUAGCAGAUGGACCACUGUUGCAACGAUCGAUCACGCCAGUACUUAAAAACUUUACCUAUGAAUACGAGGAAACUCUCAUGGGCCUGAAUAAAAUUAUAACCGACGGAUGGGUUGGACGAGUCGACAAUACUGCACCAGCGAAGCUACUCGGAGACGGAAAACUGGACCGGCUACUCCAAGAUUGGCACAUGAAUCGAUCCACAACGACAUACGUGGGAUGCAGCGAUGGUAAUUGUUCAGGUUCGAUAGCAGCUGCUGGCAUAUAUGUUGAACAUGUAUCUUCCGAGGUCAACUGGGUAGAUUUGACGGCGCCAGAGAACGCGAAUGCCACACUAUUCAGUAUUUCAUUCAACCGAAGCUUAGAUGCGACUGGAAGCCCGGUACUGCUAAUGACACAUUCGUACAUGUCGUAUGCGGACAACAAAUGCAACAGCUCCAUCAACGUAGAAAAGCGCACUUUCCGCACUGCCGUAGUCAAGUAUGAUGUCGUAAGCCAACAUAACAACCUCCGACUGAAUCGUACCCACUGGCCUCAGAUGUUGUCGAACGUCUCUUCUCCUGGUGAUCUACCAGCUCAGGACAAUACACCGGCUGGGCCACUAGCGGCUUUGGAGUACUUCGGGUACUACUACCUAAUGUCUUUUGGGUACUCGACCGGAAGAUCCGAAGAUGGAGGCUACGACGUGGAGCCAGCGUUGGGAACGCUUGUGAAUGUGUACUGGGACGCCGAAUUUGAUAAAUGGGAGAAUGAUUCGUGCCCGCGCAGAUGGAAAAAUGCUACCGAGGAUCUUAUAUGGAAUCUACACGAGGUUAUGUUCUGGAUAGCUUGGUAUUCUACAACCGGAAAUAAGUCCAGCGAAUACCCUAUCUGGAAGCAGACUGUGGCCCAGUUAGCCUACAACGCCGAGUUAAUCACCCUAUGGCUCGCUUCGGGGAUGAUGUUACUCUGUCUCUUCGCUAUACUAUCCCUGUUUUGGGGCUUCUGGGAGCUUGACCGUGAGGUCAGUCUAAGCCCUAUAGAGACUGGUCGUGCUCUGGCAGAAACUAUACUUUCUCGGCCAGAAGGUACUGCCGAAAUGGAUGCGAAAGAGUUGAUAGAGGCAAUAGGCGAUAAGAAAGUAAAACUGGACUAACUUCUAGGAUGUUCGGUUCGUCUUCUUGUGAGGUAUUGUGGAAAUGAUAUAUUAGUUAGCGCGGUGUUAAAAGAGACCUCAAGUGUUACAACUACAUCUCUCUUAUCUUUGACCCAAGCAAGUAGGCCUAUGCAUAUACAGAUAUAAGCCAUCACGGAAACAGCGCAAUCUCAAC